AUGGACGUUGAGCAGUCCGCAGGGACAUUGGCCUCUCCCGAUAUCGCCGACAAAGACAAGAAGCCGAUUGACCCUUCACUGGACGAGGAGCGCUCGAUUGAACAUGGAGAGAAUGACCUUCUGGGCGGAGAAAACGUGGACGCCGUGUUGGCAGCUAAGAUGGGCCUCGUUAAUGACGCCAUCGAUGAGAUCGGAUUCACCCCUCACCACUGGAAGCUCUUCUGCCUCAACGGGUUUGGAUACGCCGUCGACUCUCUUAUUUUGCUCAUUCAGUCCAUCAUCUCUACUCAAGCUCGAAAGGAGUUUAGACCUAGUUAUGCCACUGGCCUGACAAUCGCUGUUUACGUCGGCAUGCUCAUCGGUGCCAUUUUUUGGGGAUUCUCUGCCGAUGUUAUCGGACGACGUUUUGCCUUCAACGUCUCUCUUUUUGUCUCUGCAGUUUUCACCGUUGUUGCGGGUGCUGCACCAUCCUGGAUUACCCUGGGUCUAUUUGUUUGUCUGAGUGCAUUCGGUGCCGGGGGAAACCUGGUGCUCGACACCACCGUCUUUUUGGAAUAUUUACCGAGCCAAAACCAAUGGCUACUUACACUUAUGGCAGCUUGGUGGGGUCUUGGUCAACUAAUUGCUGGUCUCUUUGCCUGGGCCUUCCUUCCCAAUUUCUCCUGUGACGAUGCUGCUACGUGUACCCGAGCUAACAACCAAGGCUGGCGCUACGUGUGGUACGCUUCGGGUGCAUUUGUCUUUGUUCUCUCGAUUUUGCGCAUCACCAUCAUCCGGCUCCAGGAGACGCCCAAGUUCCUUAUUGCUGAAGGGAAAGAUGCAGAUGCGGUUCGUGUUCUUCAAUCCAUUGCUAGCCGAUACAACCGCCCUUGCAGCCUUACCCUUGAGCGGCUGGAAACCUGUGGACCCUCCAGGACUCAUAAGACGGAUGCGGCCGGACUGACACAACGGUUGAUCUCCCCGAAGGAAGUAGGUUUCCACCUUAAAGGGCUUUACGCGACUCGUAAAAUGGGGCUAUCAACUUCCUUGGUCUGGUUUUCUUGGCUUCUGAUUGGGUUGGCAUAUCCCCUAUACAACGUGUUUUUGCCCACCUAUCUCGAAUCGCGUGGUGCAAAGGUCGGGGAAUCAAGCCAGUACAUUACAUGGCGAGACUACGCCAUCAACAACACUUGCAGUAUUUUCGGUCCUAUUUUAGCGGGGCUCAUGUGUCGCUCACGCUGGUUUUGGGGUCGCAGGGGAACUAUGAUUAUUGGUGCUUUGGUGACCAUGGUUUUCUUUUUCUGCUACACUCAGGUGCGCACUGCAAGCCAAAACCUGGGCUUUACGGCCGCAAUCUCGUUUUGCCUCAAUAUCUACUAUGGCACGCUGUACGCGUACACGCCAGAGGUUUUCCCUUCUUCCCACCGAGGGACUGGCAAUGGAGUUGCCAUUGGACUUAAUCGAAUUAUGGGCAUUAUCAGUGCAGUGGUAGCGGAUGCCGCAAAUACAAACACCCCCGUUCCGAUCUAUAUCUGUGCGGCGCUAUACAUUGUCAUGGCCGUCGUAUCUGCUGUACUUCCUUUCGAGCCAUACGGCCGGCGAAGCAGCUGA